AACGCGUGAUAUCAAAUCCCGUAUUAAUCAUUCUAUUUUUACAAUCAUUUGCUUCUUGUUAUUCUCAUAAGUCAUUACUUAAGAUACUUUUGUUUUGGUGUGUCUAGCUCAAGGUAAGGCAUACUCAUCAGCGUCCUUCAACACAACACAACAUCCUCGCAGCACUCACCUGCGACAUUAAUUGAUCAAAUUCAAAGCUUUGAUCGAUCUUCAACACCUAGUUCGAUUUCAACCUCGAACUCGACAUUUCAAUAAGAUCCGUCGCUUUCUCAUACCAAGUUCGCUUGCCAAACCAAAGAUAUCUCAUGCCUUCAUCUCUCUUGUAAUCUCAAAAGCAGGUGCAAUUAAGGCUGAAUUAUAAUGAGUGGUUCUAUCAGAUCUAGUAGCCUUAAAUCUGCAUUUUCAUACUGUGUACAACAAGUAAGAAGCUAUGACUACCACAAUUACCUUUGUCUCCUAGAACUCCCUCUGGAGAUGCGAAGAGCUGCAUUUGCACUUCGUGCCUUCAAUGUUGAAACAGCCAAAGCUAUGGAUGUUGCUUCUGAUCCCAGGAUUGGCCUAAUGCGCCUUCUUUGGUGGCAAGAUGCAGUAGACAAAAUUUAUGCCAAUAAGCUGAUUGAGCAUCCGAUUGCCCAAUCUCUUUCAUCCAUUGUGUCAGAGCAUAAAGUAAGCAAGUCCUGGCUGAAAAGAUCUAUUGAAGCUCGUAUAAAUGAUGCACAGAGGGAACCCAAUGAAAUCCUAAAAACUGUUGAAGAACUAGAGAAAUAUUCCGAGGACACACAAUCCACUAUCUUGUAUACAACAUUACAAUCUGGAGGUAUCAACUCCACUGCAGCUGAUCAUGCUGCUUCUCAUAUUGGUAAAGCUGCUGGGCUUGCCUUGCUGUUGAGGUCUUUACCAUAUCAUUCCAGUCGCCAACGAUUAUUUGCUUAUAUUCCUUCUGAUGUUGCUUCCAAGCACGGUUUAUUGAUUGAGGAUGGGGGUCAGACUGGAAUCACUGCGGAUUCACGUGAGGGGCUCUGUAAUGCAGUAUUUGAGGUGGCUUCAGUGGCAAAUUCUCAUCUCCAAAAGGCACGGGAAUUGUCUAAAACGAUACCUGCUGAAGCUAUUCCCGUGCUCCUCCCUGCUGUUCCAACUCAAGUGCUCUUGGACUCUCUGCGCCGGGUGCAUUUUGAUGUUUUUGAUCCUAAAUUGCAGCGAGGUGUUUUGGGGAUCCCUCCACUAUCGUUUCAGCUAAAAUUGAAAUGGCAUUCAUGGAGGGGAAGAUAUUGAUUUUCUUUCUUUAGAUUGUAACAGCAAUAAGAAAAUUAUGCAAACCUUUUAUUUACUUAGAUACAUGUUGAGGAGAGACAAUUAGGCAAUUAGCUGCUUUUUAAACAAAUUAGGAUUGCAAGCAGAGGCAUACACCACACUUAAGAGCAGUGUAUUUGAGGUUCGAAUGUCUAUUUUCUCUCGUUUUGGAAUUAAGAUCUACAAGAAUAAUCCUUGUAAUUGAGAUUUACAAGAAUAAUCCCAAAUUUGCUGUGAAGUUUGAUUGGUUUA